CAUUAGGCUCUCCCCGGUCCCUCUUGUCUCCUGCACAGACGAUGCACGAUGCAUCCCUCCAAGAGCGACCCACAGGACCAAAGCUAUGGCAUUUCAGUGACGGGGUUUUCUCCAGGCUGAUAUCAACAUCUUGGAAAGCGAUCUCCUGGAUUAGACACUACCUCCCAGAUUUGGUUGUUGUCGCCGGCCUUCUGAUCUACUUGAACUGGGCUCUUGUCAGACGCGUUGCAACACUGCUCUUGAAAGACACCCGCUUCCUAGUCUUUUGCUUCAAUGUCACAUGGCAACUACUUUGGCUUUGGUAUCGUUCACCAAAGGACAGACAUGAUGUCAAGACUGCUGCUACUGCUGCUGGUACUUGUACAGGAAAGUCUACCCACGCAUUGUCUCCGAGGCUCUUCGAAUGUCGAACAACCCAUGCGAGGUUCUUUCCCACACAGCAUUCAUUCUCUUACUCCUACCUCAUGGUCGGUGUUCCCAUCGACAUUCAGUCCCUUAGUCAGGAGAUAUGCGUCGAUCAUCCAAUGUCAAAUUCUAGGAAGAGAGGAUGGUUCACUGUUCAUGCCGAAGACUACCUCGAACGUGGAAUCCACAAAGACGGCUUUGCGGGAAAGCUUGAAGACUAUGUCAAAGCUCAGGGGCUCUCCUUGAAUGAACUCCCAUUCGCGUACUUGGUCACAGCUCCACGCUUUCUUGGGUUCUCCUUCAAUCCUGUGUCAUUCUGGUAUCUCUAUGACAGAACUAAGACGCUGAGGUCCAUGAUACUCGAAGUCAAUAACACAUUUGACGAACGAAGAAUGUAUUUUCUCCCUGCAGAUCCCAAUCCCUCAAAACCUAGGUUCACCAAUGCAUGGGCCAAAGACUUUCACGUUUCCCCUUUCAACGAUCGUGACGGUUCAUACAGCCUUUCUGCUAUUGAUCCCGCGGGACACAGCCCAAGAGAUCAGACUACCUCGAUUGACAAUACCAUUACUCUCAGCUCCGCAGACGGCAAGCCCAAGAUCGUGGCCCGCAUCUACUCAACACGACCCGGACACGACCCUGUCACCAUGUCCAGAUUCCGAUUCGCCUCAUUCAUCCUUCGAUGGUGGUGGGUUGGUUUCAUGACAAAUCCUCGAAUCCUUCGAGAGGCUCGAAUACUCUGGGUGAAGAAACUAAAGGUCUUCUAUCGACCAGAGGUGCUUCAGACCAGUAUCGGACGUACGGAAACCCAAGAGGAAACCACAUUGGAACCUUUUUUUCGCCGGUUUCUUCAAUAUUGUGUUGAUACUUCAAGUACUUCUAUUCGAUAUAUCCCAGCGGCCGGCCGGAAGAGGGGUAAACUCAUCCUCUUGAAUCCAACCAAUUCCUCAGAGGGACAUGCAGACGGCAACAAGGCCACAAUUGACGUCAAGAUUCUUACGCCUGAGUUCUAUAGCGAGCUCCUCCGAGAUUUCAAUGUCCUUCGAGUUUUUGACCUGAAUUGUUUCGAGGCAGGAGCUGGACAAGCCAUGGUCUCUGUCUCCCACCCAGAAUUGUUCAGGAAACUCCUCGCCACCACAAGAAUCAAACCUCGACCAAAGGGCUCUUCUGGCGUUUUGAAAUCUCUAAUCGACUGGUUGCGACGCCACCGAUCCAUCCCUUCUAGCCUAGAUCCAAAUGUCUCCACCCCUGAACAAUCACCAGCCAGCACGAGUUUUGAUCAUUUUGUGAGAUCGUCGUCUGGGCCGCUAGAAGUCAGUAUCUACGAACGUAUCUGCUGUCGAGUGCUCCUCGCCGAUCGGGUUGCACUGGGGUUUACUUCAAUCCUGCGCUUCUACGUGCGAUUAGCUUGGUUGGCGGCACUGAUGAAGCUUGCAGUAGACAUCAAUCGAUUUAUGAUACAAGAUACGAGCAGUCCGGGAGCAUGGGAGAUCUUGCCUCUCUCCCUCGACAUCUUUCUAGUCGUGCUUGCAAGAUGGUGUUUGUGAUACUGAUGGAUCCCCAUAGAAUAAGCUAGAAUAGAUAGGUAGAAUAC